GCGGCGUACAAGUAUAAUAUAAUAUUAUGUAUUAUAUAGGUAUUGUAUUCGCCCGUAGUCCGAACCACCGUCCUCGGUCCUAGCCGGUUGAUUACAGAACGCUCGGUUCGGUGUUUCGUGUUAUAGUGACUAGUGUGUGUGUGCAGUGUGGUGUAUGUGUGGCUUCCACGAAACAUUGUGCGAUCUGUAAACGUUUUUAGGUGCUCUUGAGCUGAUACCAAGUGUGUUUUUUUCCAAUUCUCUCCCCGUUACCAGGUAGAGCUCAAGUCGAAAAUCCUCGAGGGUGCGGUUUGCGUUUGUUAGUUACCGUUCGUUCCGCGUAUCCUCUUGCCUAAGUGUUAACUCAUAAUAUUAUUUACAAUAAUCAUGACUACCAUACAACAAGGGUCGUUGUUGGACGUGUUGAAGAAAAAAAUGCGUCAAACCAAGGAAGAGAUGGAGAGGUAUAAGGAGGAGUGUGAGGACUUCCAUAAAAAACUCCAAAUGGAGGUCAUGAGGCGCGAAGAAGCUGAAAGUGAAGUGGCUGCACUUAAUAGACGUAUCCAAUUGCUCGAAGAAGACCUAGAAAGGUCUGAAGAGCGCUUGGCCACGGCCACUGCAAAGUUGGCCGAGGCAUCUCAAGCGGCUGACGAAUCUGAGCGGAUUCGUAAAGCUUUGGAGAACCGAACAAAUAUGGAAGAUGAUCGAGUAGCCAUACUUGAAGCUCAAUUGGCACAAGCUAAACUCAUCGCCGAAGAGGCUGACAAAAAAUAUGAGGAGGUUGGCCGUAAAUUAGUCAUGAUGGAACAAGACUUGGAAAGGGCUGAAGAAAGAGCUGAACACAGUGAUGCAAAAAUUGUUGAACUAGAAGAAGAACUGCGUGUUGUUGGCAACAACUUAAAAUCCCUAGAAGUUUCUGAGGAAAAGGCUAACCAACGUGAAGAAGAAUAUAAGAACCAAAUUAAGACUUUAACCAACCGUUUGAAGGAGGCUGAAGCUCGUGCUGAAUUUGCUGAACGGUCUGUACAGAAAUUGCAAAAAGAAGUCGACAGGCUCGAAGAUGACCUUACUGGAGAGAAAGAAAAAAACAAGCAUCUACAGGAAGAAAUGGAAGCCACCCUGCACGACAUCCAAAACAUAUGAGUUGGUCGCCGAAAAGGAGAGAUACAGGGACAUUGGAGACAGUUUGGACCUUGCGUUUGUCGACUUGUAUGGCAUCUAAACACAAACACCACACAUUUACACAUAAUAUACAUACAUCAUCCUUUUACACAUACGCAUAGUUUCCAUCCGUUUUCUGUCUCGUAUCUCCGACCACACUCCCUCACUACAUUCCCUUAAAAAAAAUAUAAAAGACAAAAACAAAAAUACAGCUACUACUAACACCGUCCACAAAUAAUAAACUACUCGACACAAAACUCAUAACUUUAGCUAGUUAUUAUUUUUUUUUUUUUGUGAAUUGUAUAGCUUACGAUUUAUUUUUUUAUUUUGGCUUUGUUUUACGCUUGUAGACAAGUAAAUCGCUACAGUGACCUAAAAUUAUAUAAAAAAAAGUAGUACAGGUUUCAGUCAU